CUUAUAUCAAAAAAAGACAAACUAGCAUCUUCAACCUCAAAACGGAAGAAAAAGAAAGCAUUACGUGUCAACAAUGCUAUCUCUCAUAUGCGAAAAAAGAUCAAACAAUUGCAAAACACGAAAGAUAAGAAGGAAACCAGUUAGAAAGAUGCUUUAUUGGUCUCAUAACAAAUUCAAGCAACGUUUGAUUUCAAAAGCAGAAGAGAAAGGAAUCUAUGUAAUAAUUCAAAAUGAAGCUUACACAUCAAAGACAUGUAGUUGGUGUGGAAAUAUUCAGAAGAUUGGAAGAUAA